AUGGCCUCUGAAAAAUUGACUGAAGAACAAAUUGCUGAAUUCAAAGAAGCUUUCGCUCUAUUCGAUAAAGAUCAAGAUGGUCGUAUUUCAGGUACCGAAUUAUCAACUGUCAUGAGAUCAUUAGGAUUCUGUCCUUCUGAAUCAGAAGUCACCGAUAUGAUGAAUGAAAUAGAUGUCAAUGGUGACCACCAAAUUGAAUUUAGUGAAUUUUUAGCCUUAAUGAGCAGACAAUUGAAAACAAAUGAUUCAGAACAAGAAUUACUAGAAGCUUUUAAAGUGUUUGAUAAAAACGGUGAUGGUGUAAUUUCAGCAGCUGAAUUAAAACAUGUUUUAACUUCAAUUGGUGAAAAAUUAACAGAUAAAGAAGUUGAUCAAAUGAUUAACGAAAUAAGUGAUGGUUCAGGUGAAAUUGAUAUCAAACAAUUUGCUGCUCUUUUGUCCAAAUAA